CCCGCCGCUCCCGGACGCGCUCACCACUCUCCCGAAGCUCUGCGGCGUGGCAGGCGCCGCCGGAGCGCUGGCCAUGAGGACCCUGUGGAUGGCGCUGUGCGCGCUGGCGCGGCUGUGGCCCGGGACCCUGGCCGGCUGCGCCGAGGCGGGGCGCUGCUGCCCGGGCCGGGACGCCGCCUGCUUCGUGCUCGGCUGGAGGUUGGACAGGGUUUACGGGACGUGCUUCUGCGACCAAGCCUGCCGCCUCACGGGGGACUGCUGCUUCGACUACGCCAGGGCAUGCCCAGCUCGCCCGUGCAUCGUGGGGGAGUGGAGCCCCUGGAGCGGCUGCGCCGACCAGUGCCAGCCCGCGGCCCGCGUGCGGAGGCGCCGGGUGCGGCAGGAGCCCCGGAACGGCGGCGCGCCCUGCCCGCCCCUGGAAGAGAGAGCCGGCUGCCUGGACUACUCGACGCCCCAGGGCCAGCACUGCGGGCGCUCCUUCGUCCCUGCCUUUAUAACUACCUCUGCAUUCAACAAGGAGAGAACAAGACAAGCUGCCUCUCCACAGUGGUCUACAGUCACAGAGGACGCCGGAUACUGUAUGGAGUUCAAGACAGAGUCAUUGACUCAUCACUGCGCUAUGGAAAAUCACCCCCUGACUCGAUGGAUGCAGUAUCUCCGAGAGGGGUACACAGUGUGCGUCGAUUGUCAACCCCCAGCUAUGAACUCUGUGAGCCUUCGCUGUUCCGGAGAUGGCCUGGACUCAGAUGGAAAUCAAACUCUCCAUUGGCAAGCAAUUGGCAAUCCUCGAUGUCAAGGAACUUGGAAAAAAGUUCGGCGAGUAGAUCAGUGUUCUUGUCCAGCUGUUCACAGUUUUAUUUUUAUAUAGAUUGCGAUGUAAAUAUUUCACAGUGUGUUUGUCAACAUGCUAAACCUAACCAAGUCAUGUGAAGUGCUUCAUAAACCUUCAAAAAUCAUCUGGCCAAAGUCCCUAGAACACUUGUUGUUGCCACACUCCGAAGUAGAGAAAGAAAGUGCACGGGCCCAUUCUCAAGAUGCCCAGUACCUUUGUUUUUAUGUUUACUACAUUGAGGACCUACCCUAAAGGUUCCUGUGGUUUUGUGACCUUGGCCUUCUACAGAGUCCUCUCAUUCAGAGGUCGCCCACACAACACAGAAUGCAUGUCCAUUUGCACUAAAAUGACUACAAUAUGGUCCAUUUAUUGGUGAGUAGUUGUCAUUUAAGGGCAUCCGUGCUUUGAAUCUUGCAUUCCUUCUUUCUGUUCUGUAAUCUCUUAAAAACUUCUCACUUGAAAAAAUGUAUACAGAUAUAUGUAUACUCUCACACGUACAGAUUCCCAUAUAUUAUUCCAUAAAUUGUGAAAUAAUGAUUUUAAGAAAAUAGUCACAAAUGAUUUUCACAGGACAAGUUAAGAUUUAGUAAGCGUUUUGUAAUGAAAAGCCAACAGCUAUGUUAAAAACACUUUUUUGAAGAAGAAAUUUUCUUUGGUUAAUUGACAAUCAAAUGUUCAUUCUAGGUCAAUAGAAGUUCCUUAAAUGCUAUAAUUUUCAUGAAGAGAAUUUUGGCACCGAUGAAUGAAACAAUGCUUUAAUUAUGAAAAUUUUACCAUCAUUAGCACCUAAGAUUAUUUCCAAGGCUUAAAAUUUGAAGCUGACUAAAAUAAUCUUUCAGAUUUAAGUUUAAACUAACUUCAAGCUUAAUUGAGGUAAACUUACUACUUUUUUUCUACAGCAUACAUUUUCUCCUGUUUGGGGUAGAAGGCAGUUAUAAAUUACGGAAGACGUGGAUUUUAUCACAAAUGCGAUGAUCACACACACACACAGAAGUAUUCGUCUUCUAUUUUAUGAUUGGAAAACCAGUGAGCCAGAGACAAAGUGGCUUAAGGAUGGGUUAUUCUGCAGGUCAGCCAGAGCCCACUCUCAGUUUCUCAUCCAGGACUCACUCAGCUUCGAUGAAAAACCUGACUAUGCCAAAGAUAGCUGGGAAAGCUAAGUCCUUUUCAAUUCUGAAACAAAUUUUAAAUUUAGGGUAUUUCUCUGGAGAACUGCAUCUUAAAAUUUAAACUCCUGCAGUUUCAUUUAUAUAAAAUAUUAUUCACUAACAAAUGAUUUACUAAAAUACAUAUUUCUUGGUACUUACGCGUAAUGACAAGAAUGACAAUAGCAGACUUAAUAGGGCUGGAAAAGUCCCUAAUAUUUAAUGCUGAGGGUAGCAGUAUUUCUGACUAUAUAUUCAUUUAACUGUCAGAGUUGUUUUUAUGGUAAAUUCUUCAGGGAUUAAUAAUAAAAAAUUUGAGUCUCAUCAAGGUUAGGACCUUAAACUGUAAGUUCAGUAUUAACAUUUUAAGACCAUUUCUAACCUUUGUAAAGCAAGAUUUUUGAAGAUAUAUCUGGGUAAUUUUAAUGUUACUUAAUUAAAAUUUUUAUACCAGUUAAUAAACUCUCUGUUCACAUUUUUAA